ACUCAACCAGCAUGGCAGCAAAGCCAGACAUGCACGUUAAGAGCGACAAGCGUCUCUACGUCGGCAACCUCUCCACCUCGGUCGACGAAUACUCGCUCAUGCAACUGUGCUCCAAGCUCGGCAGGAUUGCCAAGCUCGACUACCUCUUCCACAAGACCGGCCCGCAAAAGGGCAAGCCUCGAGGCUACGCCUUUGUCGAGUACUCGUCGGCCGAGGAAGCCAAACGCGCACAGCAGACCCUCCACGACCGCCUCUUCCGCGGCCGCAAGAUGAUGGUCUCGUUCGCGUCCGAGCAGCAAGAAGUAGCCCCGACGGGCACGACUCGACCUCGAGGUCCCGUCUCGAACGACGCGCAGAAGCCGACCGCCAUCAGCCUCCUCAAGGGCGGCGGCGUGACCAAAGCCCCCGUCAACCGCAAGAUUGCCGCGCUCGAGGCCAAGCUCGCCGCCAUGCGCCAGUCCAAGGACGGCACGGCGUCGGGCUCGGCGACGGCCUCGCCCGCGGGGUCGGCAACCCCGCCACCAGUUGGCGCAGGCGCAGGCGCAGCGCAAGAGGGCGGCGCCGAGGCGUCGGGCAGCGGGCGAGCAGGCGCGAGCGCGACGGCCAACAUCAAUCACGCCGCCGCGGGCUUGCCCAACCGCCCUUACUUUACGUCGAGCGAGGCUCCGCGCGAGAUGUAGCUCGAGGAUGAGCGGCUCACGGUGGGCGGGCGGUCCCGGGGCGUCGACGGAGAGGAGGGAGGAGUCGUCGGUCGGACCUUGUUGUGCUUGUUUCUUCUCUCUCUCUUGUUGUCUUUCCUUGCCUCUUGACCGUCGGUCGUGUAAUCGAAUGCGCACUUGCACCCUCUG